UUCAGAGUCUCAUACAUAAUAUUUCUAGUCCUUGGAGAUCCAUGGAGUCGAUACCACUAUCGCUAGAAAUGAUGGUUAUAGAUGUACUGCAGCAGGAACUAGAUGACACGUCUUGCACCGAUGGAUAUCGUACAGCAUGUAUGAAAUGUCUUCUAGCCUUGAGCAAGGCCCGCAAUAUCGUGCCCUCUUCCCUUUCUUCUCGAGAUGUAACUAGAGAAGGGCCAUACCCUAUCGGCGGCGGCGGCUUUGCAGACAUUUAUAAAGGGCGUCUCCAUGAUACGCAAGUAUGCUUGAAGGUCCUUCGGAUAUUCAUCCCUGAAAAGGCUCGGGAGAAGCUUCUCCGAGAUUUUUGCAGGGAAGCUCUCGUAUGGAGGCAACUCCGCCAUCCCAAUAUCCUUCCCUUCUUGGGAGUCAACAAAGACCUUUUCGCUCCUAGUUAUUGCUUGAUAUCUCCCUGGAUGGUCAAUGGAAAUAUCAUGUCUUACCUUGAAGCCCAUCCUGACCACGAUCGCCUUACAACGCUGGUUCAGGUUGCCGAAGGGAUGAAGUAUUUGCACAGUCUCGAUCCUCCAGUGGUACAUUCCGAUAUCCGUGGGGCAAAUAUUCUUGUCAAGGAUGAUCUAUGUUGCUGUCUGGCUGAUUUUGGCCUUUCCCUGUUCGCGGAGUCGCAGGCUCUUGACAGCACAUCUAGGAUGAGCAGAGGAAGCGUGCGCUGGCUAGCUCCCGAGUACAUGGAUUCGACAUUAUUUGUCCAAUCAUAUCGCACUGCUAGGGAUAUUUACGCCUAUGGUUGUACUAUUGUCGAGGUAGGGCCAGCGGCA